AUGCCGAUCCUAAUUGCGGAUUCUAGUGCCUUGAAGAAGGGCGAGGCGGGAGAGUUGAGGGCGCUGCAGGUUAGAGCAUUCCGUUAUUACGCCCUGUUCUACAAGGCGUUUUUGGGAGUGGCGGCGCACACCCGUGCCACGCUGAAAGAGGCCAAGCAACGUGCUGUUGCGCUGAUGGAGCUACUGCCCAAAGCUUUCCCGGACCAGGCGUCAAAGUGGGAAAUUCCCAAGAUCCACAUGAUCAAGCAUCUUCUCGAGAACGUGGAAGCAAGGGGGAUGCCACACCACUACAGCACGGAGAUGUGGGAGCGCACUCACAAGGGGACAGUGAAGGGUCCCGUGAGGGGGAGCAACUGGGCUGACAUUCCGAGGAGAAUUGUGGAUGAGGAGAUGCAGCGGGAGAUUUACAGAGAAGUGGCGGCGGAUGCGGGAGGAGGUCGGCAGUACGUGUCAGCGCUGCGUGUGGUGAGUGUUUGGGUGCAAGCAAGACUAGGGGUGGUGCGCUGGGCGACUCACGCCCUGUACCAGGCCGUGGAAGAGAUGGAGCCAGUGCUAACGAAGAAGUUCAGGGUCAUGCGCCUCGGAGGCACCGCGGACAAGGUGUUUGCCGAGUACGCAGCGGUAUUUGGGGAUCAGAUGGCGGGCCUACCAGGUCAGCUGCGGGAGAUGCAGUUGAACCCUGACAGUGUGCAGACACACACAGCAGUGGCCAUACCACGUACGCAGGGUGGGGUGCUUGUGGCGAAGGGGACGUUCGUCAAGGCGUCCCCGCGAGAGAACCUGUUCUCAGAUGUGGCACUCCUGGCUCCUGGAGGCGGGGAUUGGUUUGCUAGAUGCCUAUGUAUUUUCAAGGCGUUGAACGCGGAGGGCAAGUGGACUGGGUGUGCCUACAUGCUGAAAGUGCUCCCCGACGAUGUGUUUCUGUUUGUGGAGAUACCGUUUAUGCCCAGCCGGUUGCCGAAGACCAAGAUACCGGGGAGGAACGGAACCCCGUGCGACCGGAUCAUAAGUGUCGGCUUCUUGUACAAUGCGACGGGGACCUGCACCACGGUGCCCCUUGUGGUGUUGCGCCAUGACGAGCGCCCCGAACCUAGGCGCAGCGGGGAUCCUGCACCGGCGGUGAUUGUGCGCUACACGAAGAGUGGGCGCCUCACACCCGAGGUGUUUACCGAGUUUUUUCAGACGGUUGAUGGGGUGCAGCUUAGCCGUGGAAGGAAGACGGUUGUGUUCACCUACAACACGGCGCACCGCAUUACCGCGAAUGACGCGGAGACCACGGUGGAGCAUGGGCUGACUAUGGUGCAUUUCACGCACACACGCUUUGUGGACCUGACAGACGUUGUGCACUGGUCCAGUAUGCCGUUUUUGCACGGCGUGGUGGACGCUUUCAAGGCUGAGUAUCGUGUGAUACUGAUGAGACGCGCGGUGCGGUCCAAUCUGUUCCACGAGGAUUUCGAAGCGCCGAUUUCCCAGGUGAAUUACGGUGUUAUGCUGCUGUGGGUGGGCUUGGCAUGGAAGGCGCUGACGGCGGCAACGAUGCAAAGGAGCUGGUGGAGGGCGGGAUGCGUCCCGGAGUCAUGGUGGGAGCUGAUGUGGCACCUGCACGGCAUGUACUCGGCCGGCAUGUACGAUCCCCUGGUCUCUACCACGGCGGACCUCCUGGUGCUGCUUUGUGAGUUCCGUGUGCGGCCGGCUAUUUAUAUGCCGGUGUCCGAUUACGUGACAUGCGAUGAGUGGUUAAUGGAGAAGGCUGGUGUGAAGUUGGUGACGCCAACGACGCCGACGUCUUCAGGGGACGAGGGCGAGAUGUGCCUGCCGGAUGGGCCUCUGAUGCGUGACGAACGAAGCCGACGACGUGCCAUCCGCAAUGUGACGAACGCAUACGUGAGUCACGCGGAGGCGCUGGGGAUUGCUCCUGCGGAGGUGGCGACUGUCGUUGGCGCCUCUGAUGGAGAGGUGGUUAGCCGCCUAAGCCGCACACCGAAGAAGCGAGCUCGCAGUUCGGGGUCGUCGGACAGUGGGUCCGUCUAG